AGAGCGGAGGUACAGUGUGGCAGGGGAGGCUGUAGCCACCUCAGACCUCAUCAACAGACCCCCACCUCCGUCUGCAGGGAUGGUACCCUCCGCCUCAGAGGACCUACAUGCCUGGUCUAUAUACAGGCAAAAUCUCAACUCGGACUUCACAGAUUCGGCUCUGGGGUCGAGUGAGAAGUCACCACUACCUUACGGUAAUUUCCAGCUGAGAGAGUCAACUGUCCAGUCUAUCCUUAGUCAUCCACGCUACGGACCAAAGUCACCCCUGGGUUCCAACAUGUACACAUACCUCAAGUUUGGCCUUCCAAGGGUGUUUCCCCCUAAUGGUGGGGGCCCCCGCAACCCCCGGGACGGCUCCAGCGGCUAUGACUCUAGUGAAGACGGGGGGACAACGUCCCGAAAUGACAAGAGAACAACCAACUACUACCUGCGUACACAGAGCAACCCUGACUUCCGCAACAUACCUUACCAUCAGCCCACUCUACCAAGAGCGCCAGGCAUGGCGGGGGGAAGAGGCAAGAGUAUCAGUGAAGCUAACCUACUCUCCGCCGAGGCACUGAUGAGGUCCCCUGCUCCGCCAGAGCACCGCCGCAGUAUACACGACCUCCGCCACCCCUCCCUCCUCAUGCCCCACCAACACCCCUACAACGAGAUCGGCUCUCCAGCACACCUGCUGAUGCACCAUCACAAAGGGGGUAGGCCAGCCUCAGUGGCCGUGGUGGGAAGGCCGUCGUCUGUUCUCAGCAUCCCCCUGACUCAUCGGGAACCAACCACCCUCUCCUUCCAAGUCAACAGAGGAGAACUGUACAAUGGACAGUAUCCGCACCUUCAGGUUAGAGGAAUGGACGUGGAAGGGCAAAAGAAAGAACCUCUUCUUCAAGGUGUUUCUUUUGAAGUCAGAGGAGGGGAAAUUCUAGCAGUUAUGGCCACCACAGCACCAGAAGGCAAAGCGCUAUUGGACGGACUAAUGGGACAUGCCAACGCCAGGAUAGCUCACAUAAUCCUGAACGGACAAAAGCUUACACAGAGUUCGCUGCAGCGACGGGCUGCAUAUGUCCGAGCAGACUUUGUCCUUGCUCCAAACCUGAGUGUCGCGCAGACACUAGCUUUCUACUCCAUCCUCCGUCGGCCUCCGUACAUAAACGUACAAAAAGUUUCUGUACAAGAACAAAUGGGUCUGCUAAUAGAGGAGCUAGGCCUCGCCCAGGUGUUGGACACCAAGGUAUCUUCUCUCACAGCCUCGGAACUGCAAAGACUCAACUUGGCGUGUCAUCUCAUCGCCAACACGGAGAUUCUUCUGCUGGACCGACCGACCGCUCAUAUGGACAUCUUUGACACAUUCUUCCUGGUCGAGUUUCUACGACAGUGGGCAGGUGGAGGCACUGGUGGGUUGUCCGGCCGCAUCGUUAUUCUGACGCUACAGCCGCCCACGUACGAGAUAUUUACGAUGGUCUCCCGCGUAGUGCUGCUGUCUAGUGGUAGACUCAUGUACUCAGGUCGUCGUAGAGACAUGCUUCCCUACUUCUCCACAGCGGACUACCCUUGCCCUGCAUACAAGAACCCUUCAGACUACUACCUGGACUUGGUGACCUUGGAUGAUCUGUCGGCAGAAGCAAUGCUAGAAUCUAGUCAGCGCAUCGAGCAGUUAGCGGAACUAUUCCGACGCAGACAGGAGCCUCUGUCUGACCCAGGUCCGCCGCAGGCACUCCCAGGGAAAACCAGGCCUGCCAACAUCUUCAAACAAUUCAUUGCCAUACUCUUACGCCAGACAGUCUACUGCCAGCCGAGCAGUCUGUGCCGUUGGAUCUCACACUUAUUGCUGGCUUGCACGUUGUCUCUUAUCGUCGGUGCUGUGUUCUGGGAUUUGCCCAGUUCUGACCCCUUACUUCUACAGGCUGACAGGCUUGGCUACCACUACACGAUGCUGUGUGUUGUUGGAGCUGCUCUACUACCUGUGGUGGCGAUCGCUAGGACUCACGACAUGGACCGGCUGGCAGCCGAGAGCGAUGUCAAAGAUAACCUCUACUCUAGAACUCUCUAUAUUAUAGUUGCAACUCUAGUCAGUGUGCCUCCAUCUCUACUGCUGUGGCUUGGGUUUAUCAUUCCAGCCUACGCCAUGACAGGACUGUACAACCAAGGACCUGCACCUGACGGCUUCUAUGUUUAUAUUGGAUACAUGUUGGUAGCCCUGUGCACACUACAGAGUCUCACCACACUGCUAGGUUAUCUCUGUCCGGGCCGUCUCAGUGCUUCCCUUCUCUCUUGUCUACUUAUUCUUUGUCUCUCCCUUGUCUCCGGAUUCCCGGUGCUCCGGUGGGAUCUUCCUCCACUCUCCCCCCACCUGGCUGUCCUCAGCCCGGCCCGCUGGAUCUUAGCGCCGCUCGCUGGUCGAGAGUAUGCUCAGGAAGCAGUGAUUGCCAGCUCCGCUCAGCACAUUUGUAAAAAGAACCAGGUUCAGAGACAAGAUAUUAUCGUACAGCUUCCAUGUCCGUCUCCGAAUGGCUCUGCGGCGCUGGCGUAUCACGGGCUGCAACUGCCUGACUCACUUCCCCUUCCCCUAGCCUAUUCCCCGUACCUUCCUCCUCUCAUGCUGGCUGUCGUCUGUCUUCUGCUCAUCCCCAUGGCCUACGUCUGCUCCGGCCGCUGCUACACCCUCCGCAGGCGACAGAGAAGCAAAUAUUAGUUACGUUAAUUUGUUACGGAGGUGCUUUUGUCAAUACUGGUAGUUUUUUUAGUAAUUUUGAUGCUCAAAGUUAUAUUUUAGCAGUUUUAUAGGUUAACUGAGGCUAAGUCAAGGUUUAAAGUUGAUUUUGCAAUUUGUUAUGAUUUAGAACUGAUUUGUUCAAAUUCAACUUCCCAUCACAAUCAUUGAACUGUGCAGUUAUAAAGACAGUGAUAGUUGCUAUAGUAAAAGUCCCAUAUGGACAGAGUAACAAGCGAAAGGGUGGUUGCAGUGAUAAGACAUUAAUGCCAGAGGUUUAUCAUGUGUAGGACUACAUUAUUUAAAUGUUUACACAUACAUUUUUAAAAAUCAAAACUAUCCUUUUUCCAAUUAAAACUCUGUAGAAUUUUUUAAAAGCUAAAAAUGAAAUCCUCAAUAGUUUUAUGUCACUGGUAGAGUUAAGUAUUUUAGUGGUUUCCAAAUGUUGGUAAACUAUAGAUUGCAAAGUGUAAAUAUAUUUGAAAUACCAAAUAUUUUAGUUUAUUCUGAUAUUAUGUAUAUUUUUUACAACAAACAAUUGACCAUUGAUAUAUGAUGCUUGUUAAAUUUGUAAUGGUGCUAACAAUGCUGCUAAAGCGAUAAUUUUCUAACUAACUGACAAUAAUGAUGACUUUAGUUGAUGUCCUGGAUACAAUACUUGAAAGCUUUUGAAAAUUAUAUUGUAAAAUUAGUAGGCCCUUUUUAUGAAUAUGACAAUCCUACUACUAAAUCCGUACAAAUUCUUAUAUAUUUCCACCAACUAAAGGACUAAAAAUCACCAGUCAUAUAUGUUUUUGUUUAUAACCAUUCAUUGCCACCUAAAUAUAGUAUAAUCAGUAUAACUGAUUGGUGUCUGGUAAAACUCAUUGCAGUACAGUAGUACGCAAUGAAACCCCAUUUGAAUAAGCUGGCGGCAAACAGCUGUUUUCUGGACUAAAUCGUUUGGGAAGUUUCUGUGGGAAGUUUGUCAAAAUAAUGUAGUGUGGCGUAAUAGCUAUUUACAUUACAAGUGUAGUAAGAGCGUUUUUACAUCACGCAGGUGAAUGUUGUGCAACGAGCGAAGGCGAGUUGCAUAAUUCACCGAAGUGAUGUAAACACGCUCUUGCGUAACGUGUAACGUACAAGAUUUUACCUGACCCGACAAUAUUCAGGAGGUUACGAGCAAUAUGCUUCAUUAUCAAUUUCACUCAUCUUCUAACAGUAACAUUCAUUUACAAACAAAAGCUAGGUUAGGAAAAUUCUUCAAAGCAUAACAAUAAAAUUCAAACACACAGCUGAUCUCUAGCGUUGAACGUCGUUGGCUCCAUAGAGGUAUAUUUUUUAAGUUAUCCACUCAAUGUUAUUUAAAUGGGUUUCAUUACAUUACCGAGUGAGUUUUCUUCAACUUUACAUCACUCGAGAAGUAAGGAAGUUGUAUACAUCACGCUUGGGAUAGGGAAGUUUAACAUGGCGGGUUAGGUAAAAUAUUUUUACCUACAAUAGUUUUUUAAAGUAGGUAGCCGGUUCAGUUCAGUUCUUAGAAUUGAAAAGUUUCACAUGACAUAACAGCAUUGUUUACUUCCAUAACAGCAUAGUUUUAAUCAUAAAAACACGGGUAACGGACCAAUGAGAGAAGAUGUAAAAUUGUAAUGAUUCAAACUUCAACUAAUCAGCUGUUCUAGCCAAUUAAAUUGCUGAGUGGUGCAAUUAGUGUUUGGUACAAUAUUUCGUUGCAUCACUGUCAGUGGCAAUGCUAGGUUAAAACCGAAAACAUAACCUCUCUUAGAAGUUAUGAGUAGUGAUUUUUAGUAAUUUAAACACUGUCGUAGGUAAAGUAGUGUACGCAACUCGUGUAAAUAGUGUUAACGGCAAUCGUAGAAGUGUUGGCCCUUCUACGAGCCUUGGCCUUAAAUUUACUUGUGUCCUUAACACUAUCUUUAUGCAGUAAACUACUAUUAUAAGUGUCCUUUAAAAUCCAGUUUUGCUCUAAUUAAUUACUUUUUUACUACUUAAUGUAACAUCCCUAAGAGUAAUCUUAAUCGUUAAUUAUAGUAUUAAUUAUGUAACAUAUUGAUAAUUUAGGGAUCUAGAUAUUAUAUUUAUGAAUAAUUUAAUAAAAAUUAUUUUAAUCUAUAUGUACAUAAAAAUUUGUGCCAAGAUGUGUUUAUAAUAAGUAGUUAUAUCAGCAAAUGAUUGAAUAAUUUAAGUGUAAUUAUGUUUGUAAAUUUUAAAUUUUACGUUCUGUUUUACAAAAUCACUUAAAGAUUUUUUUACUAUCCAUGCGCCUUGUAUAUAGAUUGAAUGUACAACCUGCUGAAUUUAGACAAACAAAUCCUUAAUGUUUGCACAUUAUGUGGAUUAAGAUCUGUAUAAAACAGAUUAAAAUGUUAUGCACUUUAAAGUGUUAUUCAUAGUAAGAAGAAUAAAAAAAAUUGGCUUCUUUAUUAAGAGUUAUUGAAAUGAUUCAUCCUUGUUAUUAUGUUGAUUCUGAUUCUUGUUAAAAUAUUUAAAUAAUUUUAGAUUUAGCUAUGAGUGUUUCUUUAUGUAUAUAAUAUAGUUUUAUAAGGUUCAUAUUGCGAGCCUACAAAGAUGUGUACUUUGCACAACGAUUCCGUCCAUAAAAUUUGUAAGAUUUGUAAAUAACUUUAUUUAGUAAACUAAUUUUUAAAAUACAA